AUGGAGAAUUCACAGCUCUCAGCUUCAGUGACCUAUGCUGUGUCGCGCUCACGUGGCAAACAACCGGGCGAGUCCCUUUACAACGCCAAGCUAAGGAAGAUGAGGAAAGCCAGAGGACAAGCGAGGUCCUCUGACGAAUCUGAAUCUGAGGACGGGCUUGAGCCAGGCGCUGUGGUCCUACAUGUAAUGUACAAUCGCAAAGUUGUCUUGCACGCCGACAAGACUGUCGUCAAGUCCGGGAAACGUAUAGCUCUGGGAGAGGCAGAGGCGCUGAAAGUCGCUGCUGAUGCUGGAAUCCCAGCCCCGUGCGUCCGCAACGUGCAUACAACUUCUGAUGGUCAGGGCCACAUAAGUAUGGACUAUAUACAAGGGCAAUCCCUUGAUAAAUUGUGGCCCGACAUGUCGGUCCAGCAGAAGAAAGAUAUUGCGCAGCUGCUCCGGAAGGUGGUUGAAAAGAUGAGAUCCAUGACUCCUCCUGCCCAUUUUAUUGGCGCUUGUGAUGGCACCGAAAUCCGGGACACGAGGCUACACUUUACCUACCAUUCCCCGCCGUGCUGUGAUGAAACGGCCUUCAACGAAUUUUUGCUAUCGGGUCUGUACGAACACACGCCCCCGCUCGUGCGGAGAGCAUUCUCUCGGCGACUGCGAACUAGUCAUCGUGUUGUUCUUUCCCAUUCCGAUCUCACAACCAGAAACAUCCUGAUUCAGGACGGGAAGAUUCAAGGACUCGUCGACUGGGAAGAUAGCGGGUGGUACCCGGAGUACUGGGAGCAUGUCAAAUUCUUCCAGCGCACUGCUGAUAAAGAUUGGAAACAGUAUGCUGAGGACAUUUUCCCCGAGCUGUAUCAUGACGAGCUGGUCGAUUUCAUUGCAAUAUCUAAGUGGCAGAACUCGUAG